UGGCGGGAAGGCCUUCAAGCGGGAAAAUCGAAACGGUUGCAAAUCCGAAUACAAAUUAGCAUAAAAGCUACAUUUUAUCAGUAUUACCCUUAAAAAUACGUAAUAAGAAGUGUUCCAUGUAGUAAAAGAAUACGACUUUUUCAUUUCUUACACAUUUUUGGGUGGUUAUAUUACGUAAAGUUCCAAGAUGGCGGCGAGUAGGCUUCUACGAAGUCAAACUAAAACAACCCUGACGAAUACACACAAUGAGAAAGUUUUUGUGGGGAGACGAACUGGACAAGUGUUCAGGGUAAAGGCUUCCAAAAAUCCUGAUGGUUUUGAUAAUAUUGAUGACUAUUUUACAGAUUCAGAGGCUCUGGAAGACUAUGAAGAACCAGAAAAUGUACCACCUAACCCAUGUGAUGAGAUGCCAUCUGCUGGGAAUAAAUCACAGAUACAGAAGGGGCAAUACAUUGGCAGGAGAACUGGUGCUCUCAUUACUAUCAAUGCCAGAGUUAACAAGGAUGGCUUCGCAAAUGUUGAUGACUUCUUUUCAGAAUCAGUUAUUUCAAGUGGAGGAAGCUCAUUUUCUGUGAAAGGGAAGCAUAGAAACACACUAAGCUCCCUAGAAACACCCAGCCAAGAAGACGAAAACCUUGAUGCUGCUGAAAACAACGCCCCAUCACAGGCAGAUGAGGUGACUCCUUUAGCACAGACACAGGCAGAAUCCCCUAACCUAACAGGCACUGCUGUCAAAUCUGGUGCCGCCAAGGAGCCCACCCCGCAGGUGCAUGGUUCUAAGCGCAGGUUGUUUGGCUCCACUGACACCCCAAGCAAUGAACUAUCCAACCAGCAGACACUAAGUGAGAACUCAAAGUUUCUUGAGGACACAGGAAUUAAAGAUGAAGGAAAUGGUCCUCAAAGUAACGAUAAAGGCAAUGCUGCGUUCAAUGUAACAGAGGUCACGCAACAUAAAAAAGAUAGCACCUCUUAUGUUGACGUGACGGACGUUACCCAAUGUCGCAGUGAAGACGACACUACUGAUAUUGACGUGACGGAAGUCACACAACAGCACAGCAAAGAUAAAACUGUCGACAUCGAUGUUGCUGAAGUCGUGGAAAAUCCGAGCGAAGAAGAUGUUGAUGUUGAAAUAGAUGCAACACAUCAUGAUGCAUCACAUUGUGAGAAUGAUUUUGCAACACAGCCUGGUGGUGAGGACGUUAAGGUCGGUGAAACAAUUGAUAUAGAUGUCUUGGAGGUAUCUCAGAACAGCGACCAGGAAAGCGAUAUAAUAGACGUUGACGUGGCUGAAACUUUACCUAUUGCUGGCUCAGCAAUGGCAUCAUCGAAAACAUCAACAUACCCAGUAGAAGAUGAAAGCGACGCAGAUGAUGAAAUCGUUAUCGCUAAAGAUGAGGAAUACGAGAUAGAAAUGGCAGCAGCAAAGAUAAAAGGAAAGGGGAGAAAAUCCAAACAAAGUGUCACCUUCACAGAAAGCAGCAAAGAUGUGUCUGCUUUCGACGUGGAAGAGAGUACAUUUGUUAGUCUUGGAAGCACCAAAAAUAAAAGCAAAUCCGUGACUUUGGGGGAUACCCCCGAUGCCGGGAGCUUCAUGAUCGACGAGAGCAUUGUGUUAGAAGGAACUCGUCACAAAGAUAUGUCAACAGAUUUCGAGUCAUCGCACAACACGAAGGUUGAGAAAAGCCAACUGGAAGGCGGGAAGAAAGGUAGGAAGUCUGGAAUCAAGAAGUCAAAGAGCGAGGUUAAUGAGAGCAACACAUCAAGAAAGUCCAUUCGAGGUAACAAGUCACAAAAUGUUUCUGCGGUUUCUGAAACUGAUACCACUGAACCUGAAACAAGGACAAGAAGAUCUACCCGCAAUAACAAAUUCAAAGAUGAAACUGUACUUUCUGACAAGGCUGGAAAAGUUACAAGGAAGUCUACUCGCGGUACCAAGGCCGACAAUGACCGUGUAGUCUCUGAUACAGAUUCACAACAAGCAAAAAGGCCUACACGCAAUAACAAGAACACCAAAGAUGACACGACAGUUCCUGAUAUAGAUAAACAAGAAACCCGGUCUUCACGCCGGACAAAGGGUCAUAAUGACACUGUAGAUUCUGAUACAAAUACACAGCAGAAAAGAAAAUCCACCCGCAAUACAAAGGUCGAUAAUAGGGCUGAAGUAUCGGAUAAUAGUGCCCUGAAUUCUACUACUGGAGCUGCUAUAGGUAAGGGAAGGAAAAGUCAAUCCGGCAGGUCACACGGAAGACGAGUUGAAGAGGAUAUUGAAGACGAGGAAUUCGUCCAGGGCCAUGAAACUGAUAUUGACGAUGUGGCGACAUCCGAAAUGAGCAACACAACCUCGCAAAUCCCCAUAGAUAAUAAAGAAGGAAAGAAGCGAAAUAAAUCGACGACACCUCUUAAUCAGUCUCGGAAGUCCAAGACUAACCAAUCACGAUAUGGAAGUGACAACGAUGAAACAACCGCUGGUAGGAGUGCUCGUGAAGAUGCAAAAGGCAGGAGAUCUCACAAUCAAGCACCUAGCGAAAAGGACGCUGAUGACUCUGUAGUAGAAGAUGGCAACCCAAAUUCCAUUUCAACCACGGCUGUUGACCAUGGCGUUGAGAACAAGAGCGGUAACGUUGAAAAUUACAGUAGUAAAGAUAAAGUUAAGGAGAAAAGUAUGAAUCACACAAGAAGCAGGCGUUCUAAGGGCUUGACACUAAGCCAUGUAGAAGAAAACGAUGGUACCAAUCCUUUGGCAAGUGAAGACUGUCAACGUGAAGAGGCGUUAAUUGGCGAGGAGGAAGGCGAGCCCUACAAUAGCACACUGGGCACCGCUGCUAAACUACCUUUCUCGGUAGUACCGUCCAUAGAUGACAAAGAUGUGAGCGUUGCCCAAGGAGGGAGGCUUGAUAAAAGUAAGAUAACGGUGAUGGGGCAGGACACAAUUGAGGCCGAAAAUACAUUGAAUGAGAAAACUAAGAAAAGUGCCAAGGCGACUAAAAAGAAGACGGGAGCCAACUUUAGGGCUUCGCUGCGAAAUGGCUCGUCUUAUGGCGAUGCAGUUGACUUUGAGAUUAUGUUACCAGAUCAGGGUUAUGCCGACACCUUAGAUCCAGACGCCGACCAAGAAUCUCCUGAUGCUGCUUCAUCAUCUAACACAACUCAAAAUAAGUCAAAAACACGAAAAGCACAAUCUGAUAAGGUUUUCGGACAAAGUAGCACCGAUGAAGAUGUAUCUUCUUCGACCAGCAAAGAAGAUAAAAGUGUGCUUAAAAGGGGGAGGCAGUCAUCGAAAGGCACAACCGAUGCUGGAGGCUCGGGCGGCUCUUCUCAGGAGGACACGGAGACAGACGUCAGCAACGUAAACGGCAAUGGCAGAAAGCGUAAAACAAGGAAACGGAGAAACUUUGUGGUGCCGAAAGCAUUGCGCCCAAAACGCAAACAGAGACAUGAUUCUAGUAAAGCUAACAGCGCCAGUGAAAGUGAAAGAGAAGACAAGAAAGAUAAAUCUUCAAUAGGUGUUUCUGAUAAAGCGUCAACAGUCAAUGAAGACCCAGAAGGUGCGGGCAAAUCUCACAGCAGUGAAUCAGAAGCAGAAAGUAAGAGAAGCUCGAAGACCCGACCAAAGAAAUCUUUAGCAGAAAGCGAGAGGGACCCGAGGAAUCGUCAAAACAAAUCGUUAGCAGGAAAGGAAGCUGUAUCUAGCACUCCAGUUGGUAAAGAAAAUGAGGGGAGAAAGACGCAAAAGUCAAAGAGGGAUGCAUCAGCUGUUUACAGCCCUUUUUUUACCGAUGAACCGGCAGCUGAGAUGGACCUACCCGCACAAGUAGGUGUCCCAGACGAGGACGAGGAGGUUAUGUCUCAUUCCAGCGAGGGACAUAGUGUUGCGUCUCCUAGCUCAAUUUUGACGCCAGCCCUGGCCAUUCCACCGACUCCGGCCGUCAGGAAAUCCAUCUUGAAAAACAGCAUUCCGGGAUCUGCCCCAUUAGAUUCUAAAAAGAGGAGAGUGAGCAUUGUAGAGAGACAAACUUCCAAAAUAACCCGGGCAGAGGACAGCAGAAUCCCAUCAGCUACUAACGGCAGACGUAGCUCUGCCGUCAGCUUCGCCGCCACGCCCUCCUUCCACCUCUCCCCAGGUGGCAUUAGCACGGAGGAAGAAUCACUCAACCUGAACGGGCUCUCCUUCGUCACAGCCGGCAGUAACACCUUCCUUCUUGAAGACAACACCUUCACGCCUGGCAUGAGCAGCACCAGGCUCAGCCUUCCUUCAUCGUCCGGCUCAAGCUGCGGAGGCGAUUCGAGGCUCGACACAGACCUCAGCCUGUCGGGUGAGGUGACUAUCAGUAGUGCCAAGAGAAAGCAGCUGCUUCAGGAGGCUGAGGAAGGGCUGCGUCGUAGCAAGCGGACCAAGGUCCAGCCGCUAAAGUACUGGAAGAACGAGAGGAUCAGAUACGAGAGAAGACAGUCAGGCUGGUAUGUUGAUGGUAUCGAAAGGCAGCCCACACCCAAAGUGCCAAAACGAAAGAAGUCUGCAAAAGGAAGAAGGCCAAAACCAAAGACAUCGGGAGCAAACGUCCGGAGCAAGUCCAUGGACGAGUCUUCUAUGGAGGUUGUGCCUGAAGGCAUGGUGGAGGAGGUCGACCCGAUGGUUACAGUGGUGAACCCCGAGACUGGCGAGGAGGUUGUGAUGGAGCUCUUGCACACGCCAGCCAUGCUGAACUUCGUGAACCCUGCGCGACAACCUGCCACGCCCGAUGACCCUAUCGUCAUUGACAAGUACAUGUCACAUAACGUGUUCGGCGCCGGUCAGCUGGAGUUGCGGGGGAUGGCAGAGAAGACGAAGCAAAGUGUUCGCGGAGAUACCAUGGUGUUUUUCUUGAUGAAGGGCGCGGUGGAAGUGACCAUCCACCAGACCAGCGCAGUCUUGUCUUCUGGAUCCACUUUCUUUGUUCCUCAAGGUCAUUCUUACAGUAUUAAAAACCUCCGAGACUCCGACGCGAAAUUAUGGUUCGUCCAAGUGAAAGGAUAAGAAACGCAAGAGAUUAUUGAUCUGGAGGGAUUGAAUGAUACGCUAUAAAUACACCCUGUCCAAGGGUCUACACUGCCUGUAUCAGUUUGCACGCCAGGAAGUGCCCGUUAUCAUUAUGACAUUUAGUGUUGUCUUCUGGAAAUCUGUUUCCAAAUGUUUGGACACAGUUGUAAAUACAAAUCAAGAGGGAACAUAAAAGAAUUGUAGAUCAUUUAUAACAUACCAUGCAAAUAGUAAAAUGUAGUAAGAGA